CAUCGUCUCUGUACCGAACAGGUGUUGAUGGUUAUCUAAUGUCUUAUCAGAACCUGACACGAGCGCCGAGAGCGCCUUGUAGAGGGUGACGGGACCAAGCAAGCAAUAUUGCCCUAUCAAAAUUGUCUCGUUCAGUACGAACUCGUUAAUCGAAAUGGUGCACAGCAUUCGAUACUUGGUGCUUUUGGCCGUGUCGUCCGGAAUCGCUGGCACGCCGGAGCAGCUCAAUCCGUUCGAAACAGAGCGGACAAUACUGGCCGAUUGCAUCUCGGCGGUCGAUUUUAUCGAGCCCUUCGAUGACCUACCUAACGAAUGUAAGCAAUCGUUCGAAAGCUUACUACCGUCGCAGGCAAACAUUGUCCGCUUUUUGACCCAGUUCGACCCAAACGUUCAGCCGCGAGUGCAGCAAGUGCUGAAAGAAACGUUCGUUGCGAUGGCACGGGACGGUGGCGGCGGUGUGCUCACGUACGGCGGUUACAGCGAAACGGACACGUCCAGACGCGUCCCGAGCAACAUUCCGAACGAGCUGCGGUACGAAAUUCUGCACCACAUGCAGGGUGGGCCGGGUGGACCAAUCCGAGUGUCGCCCGCGCUACGUGACCGUCUCCAUAGCUACCGGAACGUGCUGCUAAAGCAAGGCAACUACGCAGCCGCCUACUGGAUCGAUCGUUUGCUCAGACGACCAGAUCCACCCGUCGGCGACGGUACAGUGAUCGGGACGGGACGGAAGGGUGUGUGAUACCGAUAGUGAACUUUACACCUUCCCGUUGGUAGUGGUGCGUGUGUGUUUGCUUCUCGUUUCUUCGUUCUCAUGCCUUUAUCUUGUUGGCUGAUUAAAUAUUCUGAAAUAUAUGACUUUCGUUUUUUUGCGCGAGAUAAUAACCCCGCGGACGGUGUGUGAAUCGUCUGCAGCUUCGCACCGACGCCCUUGCGGAAGGUCUCGAUGAUUUUUUUCGUAUUCUCCAGCUCCUCGGCCGUGCCGAACGGUUUCAACGACUCGAGGUAGCGCUUGAGCGUGUGGUCCAGCUUGGGCAGCGGCAACCGGGGCCGGUCCUCAUCGUAGCAGAAGGUGCUUUCCGUGCUACCCUCCGGCAGGUAGUAGAUGCUUUCCCGAUUCAUUUCCCGGAAGUGGGUGUUACCAGCUGCUUCAACCAAUGCACCAACCGACAGGCGAUGUUUACAUGCGUAGUGCAAUGACCUCUGGCACUGUGGCACUAGAGAGCAUCAGUCUCACGAUCCACUUUCUACUGCUUCAACACUAUCCCCACCAGGCACCACACGCACGGUAUCGAAAUGCGAUCGUGCACGACUUUGGACUUUGGAACCACUGGUACUGGAAGGGUCCUCAAUUGCGGGGACUUCUCUCUAGGAGGUGGCGAUAUUUCGCAGUGCACAGACUGGCGCAAAACAAGUGUACGGCCGAAGACGGACAGGUUUGGGCGGCACACAACAAAAUUACAACCAGUACCUCCCCACCCAGAACCAAAACAUUACAGCGCGCUGUCACUUUACGGCCGAGCUCUGAGAACUGCAAUAAAUUUCAUGCCGCGUGAAAACUUUCGACGAAACAUUUCAAAA